AUGAUAGCUAAGCCCAAUCAGGCCACCACCGAACCACCAUUGAGUUUUUGCCCCGGAACAGUGCCAACGGUUCCAGCAACCACCCCAGCGAAUCCAGCGAGUAUCCAGCCAAGGAAUCCAGCCCCAAAACCGGAGACACCCCGCACUCCGCCUGCGUCAACCCCCGAAACAGAAAACACACAAAGCCAGCCAGCUAUUACUCAUCCAGCGGCUGUGGCUUCGCCUUCCGCGCCUGUUGCUGCAGCUGCACCGAGAACCCCGAAGGCCCCGAACCCCAACACCCUCAACUCCCACCUCGUAACCCCCACAGUCACAGUCACACUCACACCCGAACCCAAAGCCCAAGCCCAAUCCCAAUCCCAAUACCAACACCAAUCCAAUAUGGACAUGGACGGCGAAAGAUCUCCGAGCCACAGCGGCCAUGAAAUGACACUGAACAUGAACGGCAUCGAUUCCAGCCUGGUGUUCGGAUCUGCACGGGUUCCUGUCAACUCCAGCACCCCGUAUUCGGAUGCAACUCGAACCAAGAAACAUUCUCCCGGCCAUAUUAAGCGACCUAUGAAUGCCUUCAUGGUGUGGAGCCAGAUGGAACGGCGGAAGAUCUGCGAGCGGACGCCGGACCUUCACAACGCCGAGAUCUCCAAGGAGCUGGGCCGCCGAUGGCAGCGCCUCAGCAAGGACGACAAGCAGCCGUACAUCAUCGAGGCCGAGAAGCUCCGGAAGCUGCACAUGAUCGAGUAUCCCAACUACAAGUACAGGCCCCAGAAGAAGCAGACGCGAUCCCCGGGAUCGCUGAAGCAGAAUCAGGACGCAGACAGCUGCGAAGCUAAAAAUGACACGCCCAACACCACACUGUCCACUGUCCCAAUUAAUGGAACCACCACUGCCGGUCGUAAAAGCAAAAGAUCUACCUCUACAUGUCAAACAGGUUCCGUUUCGAAACGAUUAAGGAACGACUCGGGUGAUACCCCCAGGGCCAAGUACGAGGUCAAGGGGGAGUCUGCAGAGCAGCACAACACCGUGGAUAUUAUACUACCCUCAGCCGAUAAUCUAUUAAGCUACCAAUCAUCUGAAUAUUUACCUCUAAGCACGAAUAGCAAUGCCGAUUGCGACGAAAAGCUACACUCAGACCUGAGCUCGGGUCCGCUGGAGUCGCGGGAUAAUCUGUCGGACGUGGUCCAAAGAUUCCUUCCACAGUUCUUCUUCCCCAGCAACGAGGACUCGCAGCUGGAGGUCAACUCCUCGUCGCAGAGCCACCACAACCAGUCGGAUCCCACCGCAGGAUUGAUAGACAGCAUCUCCGACAUUAGCCCCAUCAACCGCGAGGACAUGUCCAUGGAGGUGAUGCGGUAUCUGCCCUACCUGGAGGCGAAUCCCUCCAGCGAUGGGCACACCCUCAAGGUGGAGUCCAGCCUGCUGGAUGGCGCCCUCAGCGAGCCCGUGUUCGACUCCGAGGACAAUAUUGUGAACGAUGCCAACUUGCACUCGGCCAGCCAUCAAAUACCUCCAUAUGUGCCUGACAACCACGACUGCUUUGCGGAUGACUGCGGCGGGGACAACUCCUCGCACCAGGUGGAGUUCGAGGUGGUGCGGCCCCAGACGGUGACCAUGACCAUGACCUGCACCCUGCCCUACGGCGGACCGGAUGGUGGGCACACAUUCCAGAACGACGACUUCAACCCGAUCCCGUCGGCCGCCGAGGACAGCGACUGCAGCAUACUGACCACCUCCAACUCGCCGCAGAUCGGCUUCAAUGGGAGCAGCUUCGUGGAGGCGGACGCCAUCGAGAGCACUUGUACAUACACCCAACAAGACUACACCGGAAAUGUAAUUGAAACACACAAUGAUCUCAACUACGCCGCACAGGAUAACAACGGAGCUCUGCUAGCCUACACAUUUGAGGACCUACCUCCUCAGCCAACCGGUAGUCAUUUAGAAUUUAACACUAACAAGUACGAGUUUGCAAGUUAUUAUAAAAUGUGAGAGAUAUUUAAGUUUUGUGUAAUUUAUAACUAAUCUAAUUGUACGUUUAUAAUUUUACACCAAAUUAUAUAUAUAUAUAUAUGUAUACAGAUAAAUACUAUAUAUUCCAUAAAUUCUAUAUAUACAAAACAAAAAAAAAGAACGAGAAUAAAAUGCUUUGCAUUGAAAACAUUUA